UGCGCCAGUCUUCUUGCAGCGGACGAGGGGCCGGCUGCUUGUUGCAGUGCGCGGAGCGAACCAACACACGCGAGUUCGCGGUCAUAGGCUCGAACGAACAUCGAAUUCGACGGUCAGUGCGGUGACCAUGAUGAUGGAGAACGGGUUAAUAACAAAUAACUAUGAAUAUGGGGACGGGUACAUGGAACAAGAAGAGGAAUGGGAGCGCGAGGGUCUCCUAGACCCGGCUUGGGAGAAGCAGCAGAAAAAGACCUUCACAGCAUGGUGCAACAGCCACUUGAGAAAAGCGGGCACUGGCAUCGAGAACAUCGAGGACGACUUCCGCAAUGGGCUGAAGCUGAUGCUGCUGCUGGAAGUCAUCUCCGGCGAGACCCUGCCCAAGCCUGACCGCGGCAAGAUGCGCUUCCACAAAAUUGCUAACGUUAACAAGGCGUUGGACUUCAUCGCCUCUAAAGGCGUAAAAUUGGUAUCGAUUGGUGCGGAAGAAAUCGUAGAUGGCAACCUGAAGAUGACCCUUGGUAUGAUCUGGACCAUCAUCCUGCGAUUCGCUAUCCAGGACAUCUCGGUAGAAGAAAUGACCGCUAAGGAAGGUCUACUUCUGUGGUGCCAGCGCAAAACGGCGCCAUACAAGAACGUGAACGUCCAGAACUUCCACCUGUCCUUCAAGGACGGCCUGGCGUUCUGCGCCCUCAUCCACAGGCACAGGCCCGACCUCAUCGACUACAGCAAGUUGUCCAAGGACAAUCCCCUGGAGAACCUCAACACCGCUUUUGAUGUCGCUGAGAAAUACCUUGACAUCCCCCGCAUGUUGGACCCCGACGACCUAAUAAACACUCCAAAGCCGGACGAGCGCGCCAUAAUGACCUAUGUGUCAUGUUACUACCACGCUUUCCAAGGCGCGCAACAGAACACGGCCAUGCCAGAUGAGCGCGCCGUCAUGACCUACGUCUCCUCCUACUACCAUUGCUUCUCUGGCGCGCAAAAGGCUGAAACUGCCGCGAACCGCAUCUGCAAAGUUCUCAAAGUCAACCAGGAGAACGAACGCCUAAUGGAAGAGUACGAGCGUCUUGCCAGUGACCUGUUGGACUGGAUCCGCCGCACAAUGCCCUGGCUCAACAGCCGCCAGACCGACAACUCGCUCGCCGGCUGCCAGAAAAAACUGGAGGACUACCGUACUUACAGGCGUAAACACAAGCCACCCCGCGUGGAACAAAAGGCCAAACUGGAGACCAACUUCAACACUCUGCAGACCAAGCUGCGCUUGAGCAACCGCCCCGCGUACAUGCCCACCGAAGGCAAGAUGGUCUCUGACAUCGCUCAAGCAUGGAAGGGUCUGGAGAUCGCUGAGAAGGCAUUCGAAGAGUGGCUACUCAGUGAAAUGAUGCGCCUGGAGCGUCUGGAAUACCUUGCGCAGAAGUUCAAGCACAAAGCUGACAUCCACGAAGAUUGGACCAGAGGCAAGGAGGAAAUGCUUCAAUCUCAGGACUUCCGGCAAUGUAAGCUGUACGACAUCAAGGCGCUGAAGAAGAAGCACGAGGCGUUCGAGUCCGACCUCGCCGCACACCAGGACCGCGUCGAACAGAUCGCCGCCAUCGCGCAGGAGCUCAACACACUGGAGUACCACGAGGUGGGCCAGGUGAACGCGCGCUGCCAGCGCAUCUGCUCGCAGUGGGACCGGCUGGGCGCGCUGACGCAGCGCCGGCGGCUCGCGCUCGACGACGCCGAGCGCGUGCUGGAGCAGAUCGACCUGCUGCAUCUCGAGUUCGCCAAGCGUGCUGCGCCCUUCAACAACUGGCUGGACGGCACGCGCGAGGACCUGGUGGACAUGUUCAUUGUGCACACGAUCGAAGAAAUUUCCGGCCUCAUGGACGCGCAUGCGCGCUUCAAGUCCACACUCGGGGAGGCUGACAAGGAAUAUCAGGCGAUAGUAAACUUGGUACACCAAGUGGAGUCCAUCGUUAAGCAACACCAAAUUCCUGGAGGUUUGGAGAACCCCUACACCACACUUACUGCUCAUGAGCUAAACCGCAAGUGGUCGGACGUGCGGCAGCUGGUGCCGCAGCGCGACGGCACGCUGGCGGCGGAGCUCCGCAAGCAGCAGAACAACGAGACGCUGCGCAGACAGUUCGCGGAGAAGGCCAACGCCGUGGGGCCCUGGAUCGAGCGCCAGAUGGACGCCGUCACCGCCAUCGGCAUGGGCCUCCAGGGGUCGCUGGAGGACCAGCUGAGGCGGCUGAAGGAGUACGAGGCGGGCGUGUACGCGUACAAGCCUCACAUCGAGGAGCUGGAACGCAUACACCAGGCCGUCCAGGAGGGCAUGAUCUUCGAGAACAGAUAUUCCCAAUACACAAUGGAGACGCUCCGCGUGGGCUGGGAGCAGCUGCUGACAUCCAUCAACCGCACCAUCAACGAGGUGGAGAACCAGAUCCUCACGCGGGACUCCAAGGGCAUCACACAGGACCAACUCACAGAGUUCCGCUCCUCCUUCAACCACUUCGACAAGAACCGCACUGGCCGGCUAGCACCAGAAGAGCUGAAGUCGUGUCUGGUGUCGCUGGGCUACAGCAUCGGCAAGGACCGCCAAGGAGAACUCGACUUCCAACGCAUUCUCGCCGUCGUCGACCCCAACAACACCGGUUACGUGUCGUUCGAUGCGUUCCUGGACUUCAUGACGCGCGAGUCCACCGACACCGACACCGCGGAGCAGGUCAUCGACAGCUUCCGGAUCCUCGCCGGAGACAAGCCGUACAUCACAGCGGAGGAGCUGCGGCGCGAGCUGCCGCCGGACCAGGCGGAGUACUGCGUGUCGCGCAUGCCGCCCUACCGCGCGCCCGGCGCGCCUUCCGCCGCGCUCGACUACAUGGCCUUCUCCACCGCGCUCUACGGCGAGACUGACCUCUAGACGCAGACCGAGGAUCCCGCACAGAGACCGUCGCCGCCGCGCCACGCCCACCACUAACAGGAGUCACCGUGGAGUCGGCGAUCAUCAUACACUUGGAUCACUUUACCUUACAUUAACUGUAACCAAAUGCCCUAAACGGUUAAUGUAACGCAAAAUAUCUUUGUGGAAUUAGUCUUAAAGCAGUUCUGUUAAAUAUGUGCAAUGUUCAAACCAAAAAAGCCAUUAACUUUCGUACAGUAAAACACUUCUCCCUAAUGUUUAGUAACCUUUUGGCUCAAAUCGGAGAAUCAUUAUAUGUUUACAACUCUCUAUUUAUACAUUAGUGUUAGGUAAUUUUUAACUUUUAUAUGAAAUUCUCAGGGAAGUCACAAUUUAUUUGUAAGAUAUAUGGUGCUAAUGUUAGGCUUGACUAAUGUGUGACACCAAAAUAAGACUCAUUCGCAUUGUGAGAAUGUUUUUGUUAUAUUUUUUUAUUUAUAAGCAAACAUUAUUUAUACAAGUUCAAUUUUUAAUUACUGCCAUUAGUAAUUAUGGUACUUUGAUCGAAUGUAGGUACAAGAUGUAAAGUUUUCAAAAUUUAUAAAUGUUGCAGGGAAGUGUCACACAAAAUAUAUUAUUUAUAUCACAUAGAAUGCCAUAGCUUGCCUGCAUCUAUUUAUUAUCAUCAUGGAUAUCAUUUUUUAUAUAAUUUUAGUUUGAGAGAGUAUUUUGGUUAAGUACUCAAAAAAAUAAAUGAUCUGCCAUAUUUUGUCUUUUAAUAAUGACUGCGUUGUUAAUCCAACCAAUAUAAGGAGGAGGAAACACUGGUAUGUAGUUUAAGAAUGAAUUAUGUGCCCAAAAAGUAUACUAACUCGAAUGUACAGCUAAUUUAAUAAAGAGCUCUUAAAUACAGAA